AUGGGGACCUCACACACAAGUACAGCACUGUCCUCUAUGUCUGUCUCUGGUUCACAGUCAGAUGCCACUGGCAGUGUGUCCAGCUCCCCAUUGUCUGCCUUGGUGACCUCACUCCCAAGCACUAAUGCCACAUCUGCAGCUACACCUCAGGUCACCUCCCCCUACUCUGUCAGUAGCUCUGUUACCCAUUCCCCAUCCCACAACACCUCUCCCACCUCCACCUUAGGUACAAGUUCCCCAGACACCUCUGCCACACCCUCAUGGCCCUCCACGCUCCCUUCAGAAACAAGGAGUGCUGUCACCACACAGAUGACCACCAUGGCCACCACUCCCAGCUGGCCCAGCCUCACCUCCUUAAACAGCUACCCCACUGUCAGCUUGUCCACGACUGACAUCUCUUUACCUCCUGUCAGUACAGGGACCAUGAGGACUCUCACAUCCACCAUUCCAUCAACACAUAGCUCAGGCCUGCCCACCAUGACAGACACAGCUCUCACCUCCUCAUCCAUGGGCUUCACGGAGCCCUUGACCACAGCGUCACACACUGCCACCCUCACAGUGCCCAGCCUGUCUCCUACUGACUCCACCCCAUCUAAUCCCACCAGCGGGGACACUGGAACCACUCUUGUCUACACAGCCCACACCACGAGCAGUGUGACAGCUGUCCCCUUCAGUACUGGAAACUCUCCACCUCCCCUUGCCUCGAGCUCCCCUGCUGCAUCUGCCUUCUCCUCAACCAUCUCUGCCAGUACAGUUGGGACCACACAGAGUGUCAGUGUCCCCUCAGCUCCAACCAUCACCCAUACACUGCCCUCCACACUUGAGUCCACCUGGACACCCACAGCCCUCACAACACUCACAACUCCCACCUCUCCGCCUGGAGGGCAGCACUCCUGGGACUACACAGAGGGGACAUGA